AUGCGCGCCUCCCGAGCCCAAGUUGGAAGUUGGAAGACAUCACAAUAUCUGCCAGAUCCCCAAAGCUUGUAUCCUGUUUUUGACUCAUGGCACUCGUGCGAAUGCCAGGAGACUCUGCGCAAAGCCGACGAGGCUAUCAAAGCCUUGGGCAUCGACUUGACUGCUGCAGCUCCGCAGGAGCGGAUUGUUUGUCCUACAUGUGAUGCCAUGUUCCUUCAUGCUGCCGACGAAUACGUCAAGACGAGCUGGGUCCUGCCGGGAGCAAAGAAAAGAGAUGUAGCGGCUUUGCGGGCGAGGGCAACAGCCUUCCGUCAGGCUUUAGAAGGGAUGAGCACUGAAGACGACCUUCAGCUGCCAGAUGGACUUGAUGACGACUUCGGCGAUUUAGGCGAUUUAGGGGAUGACCUCGGUGACUUGGGUGGUGACCUGGCGGACUUUGAGAAUGCCCCGCCUGUGGAGGAGGACACAAAGGGCGUCACUCGCUUUCAAAUGAUCGAGUACCUGAACCAGCGCGAGUGGUGGAGGCAAAGUCUCUGCAGGCUAACCUUCACGGCCGUGCUUUGGUUGAUCUUCGCCUACCUGGCUAUUGUCAGAUCGAACGUCAAUCAAGCAUACAAAGUCCAAGAGGCUGUGGUCAGUUAUGUGGAGGGGAUCAUGUCACAUCCUGGCAUCAGUGGCGUUCGCUUGCGCACACCGGCAGAAUCCAAUAUGCCCUGCCGCUGCGGCUGCCGCCACAUUGGUGGAUUUCCUGCGAGUGCUUGCACGGACGACGGCCAGACGGAAGCCUUCGAAUUUCUGGGAAGGCUUCCAGGAGACACUGCCGAGAGGCUGGUGGCUGCCGCUGGGGGCUUCUACCCGCUCGGAUCCCAGGACAUGGAGCCCAUGACUUGGAGUCGCAUCCGAACAGCCGAAGAUGUAAUGGUUUGGAUGGAACAUGGGCUCUUGCCCAAUGUGUGGGGCACUGUUGCGGGGAAGGUGAUCCGGCGCCCGGGAUUGAUUUUGAACCGAAACUUGGUGGUGGGUGGUGUCCGCGCUAGACAGCGCCGAGCCAGCUUGGAUGUGGGAAACUGCAAUCUCCCAGCUGCCCUUCAGUCCUGGUACACCGUCCUUUGCCGGAGCGCUGAAAUGGCCGUGGAUCCUUUCGGCCCGCUUGCCGAGGCGAACUUUACCAUCGUAGACCAAUUGCCCAUUGGUGUAAGGAACGCUUUCCUGUCCAGCACUUCUACCGACGGGGCUUACGACGCACAUUUCGAUGUCGAGAGACCUCUGAGCAAUGCGCUAGAGACAGCUACGCAGUUGCGACGAGUUGGAUGGCUAACGGAAGCUUCCACGUCCCUGCAGAUAGAGGCCCUCAUGCUCAAUGGUGAGAGUGGGUCUUUCGUGAUCCUGUCUAUCUCCUUCGAGUGGUUGAACGAUGGCGGUAUCACCAAGACAGUGAGAAGCCACGUCUUCCGUGCUGUUCCGGGACAGGCAUCUGUCAUGGACUUCCUUCCGGAAAUCUUCUGGCUUGUUAUGAUUUUACUGCUCCUGAGGCAAGAGCUUUGGGAAGUUCUGAAAGCGACUUUCCGGCGCGAGCUUCGAGCCUACAUAUCGAACUUCUGGAACUUGGUGGAUUGGAUUUCGAUUGCAGUCGGUGUUGCUCUCGCUGUUUACUCCCUCUGGAUCCAGGAGUUCACUGCCGUUUUGGCCACCGGCGUCUCGCAGCUUCCUCGAGCGCCAUUGGCCAGCGACCUGGAUGAGAUCGCAUAUCAGAGCAGAUGGUCCAAAAACAUUGACGAUGCCCACGCCAUCGUGGUGAUGCGUGGCUACUUCCAGCUGAGCCUUUUCUGGUACUCUUCGAUCAUCACCGCCAGAAUGCUCAAAGGAUCCUUAGGGCAAGCCAAGCUAGCCAUGAUCCAGAUCACUUUGGCGGACGGCUUCUGGGACGUGUUGCACUUUAUGAUGAUCUUCCUUGUCAUAUUCAACAACUUUGCAGUUGGAGGGAAAAUCCUAUUCGGUCCAGAGUUAGAGGGGUGGUCCACGUACCCCCAGUGCUGCGCCAGCGCGGUGAUGAUGCUCAUGGGCGCGGCGAACUUCGAUGCACUCUAUCAAGUUGCUCCCAUUACAUCGACCAUCUGGUAUUGGCUCUUCAUUUUAAUGAUGAUGUUCCUUCUGAUGAACUUGCUGAUUGUCAUCAUAGUCGACCACUUCUGCCAAAUCCGGGACUCCUGCGGUGAAACCGCUGGGAUUCUUCACGAUCUGAGGUGGUCCUGGAAGGAAUUCCUCUUCAAGCUCGAGUGGCGUAGGGACCAAUUUCGGGAGGGUGAGUACAAGGCUUGCUUUUUGGGAAAUCCCUACCAAGACCUGAUGGAUGGGCUCUUGCAGAAUGCGAAAGCCAGCGAAGCCAUGGAGAAGGCUGCUCAAAAGCACUGCUUGGCCAUCCGACUCAACAGGAAGAAGAUCGAGGACUUGAGCGUUGAGGUGCCCACCGCCGAUGCAAAUCCCGGCUUCGGCAUCGUGAAGAACUUGGAGCUUCGCAAGAUCGCAUGUGAUGCAAGUACAGCUCAGUUCUUGUUGGACGGCUGUGACAGCUUUGUAGCGUCGGAGAAGAACACUCUGCAUUUGGGAGUGCUGAACCAGGUGCGGAGUUUCGUGAGCCUGCUGAAGCAGAGCAAGGAAACUCUAGACUCCCAUUGCAAGUUGAUGGAAGAGGGGAUCGUCGAGGAUCAAGAAGAGCUGGAACAGAUCAUGACUCGUCUCGAGGAGUCGGUUCAAGCGGCUUUCGAAGGUUUCCAGGAGCUGGCAUCCACUGGCAUCGACACAUUGGCACCCCCAGCUCUAGGCCAAGGCGGUGAGAUGAAACAGGUCCAAGACCCUCCGCCGUUCUUCGUUUCACGCGCACGCUUCGGAGUGCGACGUCGGUGCCGAGUGCACGAAGUACACUGCCCGUCUGAGCUCGAUGCGGCGCUGCAGGCAGGAGAUUUGCCACUCGAACUCUUGCGGACACGCUUCAAUCGACUCUCGGGCUGCCCGUUCCUCAGACGGGAAUGCGUGCCCGAGUUCGACACACCACAGGGGCUCUUCGGGAGUUCGGCGCUUGAUCUCCGUCAACUCAUGGCCGAGUCGCGCAUUAUUGCUUUCAAUUUCCGCAAACUGCUGAGGCCUAUCCGGCUCAACAUCAUCCGCGGGGCCAUCUUAGCUUCGACAGGCAGAGAGGAGGAGCUUCCUGUACAGGUCAUAGCAAAAAUGCCAGCGACUGUAAGAGAUGAAGCAGCUGGCGUUUGGAGACGACUUGGUUCAGACAAAGGCUUUCGAGCGGACAAAACAUGCUGCAGCCUGGACAAGAUAGAUUCGGUCUUGGAAUACACAGGUUUAGUCUUGGAUUUCAAAGCGAAGACCAUGGAGCAACAGCAGGAGUAUGCCAGACAGAUUGAAGAAAGUCUCGGUCGCUCAAGAUCUGAAAGCCCUUGCCAGCCCCUUAUGCGGGACCGUUUCCUCGAUCGUUUACAAGCUUUGCAGCUUGUGGCUUUGCCUUUGGGUUUGCAAGGAAUGAGCCUCCAGCGCAAAGUUGUUGCGCUCACCUUGAGGUCACAUUGCCUCUUGCAUCGGAAUGGAAAGUCGUGGUCACUGGCCCUGAGGAUGCAGCGACGCUACCUUGAGCGGCUUGUCAAUCUCCAGAUUCACUUACGAUCCUCUGCAACAGAGAUCCGGAGAAAUGAUUUGGUAUCCAAGCAGGCUGCACAAGAGUCCGGCCUGCAAGAGUGCUUCCAACUGCCCCUCCUAGCGUCCCAAUCAGGCUACGUGCCAUCCGAUCUGGAUCGGCGUGCUUUGGCGCACGAUGUGGUGUACCCUUACCGACGUCGAGCAGGAGAGGUGAGAACCUGGCAUGUCUGGGUGGAUCGGUUGUCCAUCCUGUUCUCACGGUUUCUGGCAAAGCUGGUGUACCAGCUCAAAGCUUUGACAGCCAGCUUAGACUACGCUUUUUUGCAAGGCAUGGGGGCAUCCCGGGAAGUCUUCUGGGGUUCCCAAGCGGCCUUGGUGCAGACACAGGUCUGGCACUGGCCCAACUUUAACCACGGGCACGGGCUCUCAGCGAGCCAGCCUGUUGGCCGUGUCCCCACUUUUGCCGUGGCCUUCCUCCUGUCGAACCGUACUUCGCAGGAGGAGAUGGAAGCAGCCUGGGAUGUGGCGAUGUCCUUCCUCCAAGUUUCGGAAGAGGAGGAAACUGAGGUGCUCUUCCUUGAAGACUCUCUCCGCGAAGCUUGGGAGACCAACUACCGGCCUGUGCUGGCUGCAGAGCUCUCGAGAAGGGCACGCGCCCUCGGGUCCAAAGGACGGGUUGAAGUCCUUUGGCGUCGCCACCAAGCGACCUUAGGCAAUGAAAUCGUCUUGACGGAGUACCUGCAAGAGAAGCGCCCGGGGGGGAAUCUCGCCUUGCUGCACUUGGCCUGCCUCGACCUCCGAAAAAGCCAAGGCGAGAGCCAGAGCCAGGCAGUGAGGGCCGAGCUCCCCUUGCGGCUGAUCCGCUGGGCCAGGGAGACUUCCACUACGCGCUCUAGCCUGAGCUUCUUUGGGCCUACCGCGUCUACUGAGGAAGGCCAUGUCAAAGAGCGACGACGGCCCUUGCCAGCCUUCCGGACACGUCAUGGCAUUCUCCCAUUCCUGGACCCAUAUCUGGAUUUCCACCGCCGGGCACUUCGGGCUUCGGCGUCCGAGGCAAGGACUCAAUUUCGUGCCUUGGUCUACGUGUGCAACCCGUUCACCCUUUGUGGUGGCCAUGGUGACCGCACAAACGGCAUUUUGUCUGCCUUCACUCUGGCUCUGCUGACCUCUCGCGCUUUCUUCAUCGACUUUGACUCGCCCUUGCCCUUGACGCUUCUGCUCCAGCCGCGAACGGCGCCUGGUCCGUCUGGUGGGGCGAUCUUGGACUGGCGCAUGCAUGGCUUGGGCUCCAUCGGCCAAGGGGCCCAUCUGUUCUACCUGGAUGAUCGCAUCUCCUUCCAAGAGGAUUUGACCUGGCUGUUGGAAGACCCGAGCCCAAUACUCCACGUUUCCAUGAACCAUCGCGAGCUGAAAGUCCUCUUGGCGAACGAGCUCUUGAGGAAGCAAGCCGAGCAGAUGAAGUUGAAGCAGGUCUCCCACCUUGCCGCGAGGCUUUGGGACACCCUCUUCCAGCCCACGACAAUACUCCAGCAACGCCUGCAGCAAGCAGCAGAGACCCUUGGAAUUUCAGAGAUGACGCUUCCCUGGACUGACCGAAGCAGCGAGAGGGCUGGUUUCUUGGGCAUCCACUUCCGUGCUGGCAAUGAAUCUGCGCGGCUUUGGUGGGAUCCCUCCCGGCACUCUCUUGGCAGCUUACCCGACUUUCUCGACUGCGCCAAACAGGCCGAAAGUGAAUUGGCUCUGCCUUCAAGCACGCCCUGGUUUCUCAGCGCUGACACCAUCUCGGCCCUUGAGAUGCCUGAGGUACAGAGACUUCGAGCCUCGGGGAAACUUCGGGUCCUCGAGGAGGCGGAUGGCUGGAAGUUGGCACACGUCGACCGAUCCCACGCCAAUCUUGGCUUGCAAGGCUUCGUCGACUCCUACGUUGCUUACAUGCUUCUAGCUUCAGCGCAAGUCUUGAUCCUCUCCCGUAGCUUCUUUGGUGAGACGGCCGCCGAGAUCGGGGCAGUGCCGCACGUCUAUUUCGCCGAGGGCUGCGCGGCCCGAGGGCUUCGGUCCUCCCUUGUGGGCGGCGUGCGAAGUCCCUGGCUGAGGAUUGCCAGCGCAGAAUCCCUGGCGGUGCUCCUCCCAUCCGGGUCCUUCCAUCGGUUGAGGUGUGGCCACGCGGCACUGCGCCAGGAGAUGUACGCAUUUCCCGCCUACGGGGGCUUCCCGGGCUUUGGCCAUGCGGCUGCGGUGUUGACGCCCUCUGCGGCUUCCGCAUCCUCGUAUGAAUAUCCCGGCUUUGGCUACGGAGCUUCCAAGAAGGCCCGUGAGGAGCCGGCUGCAAGUUCCAAAAAGAGCAAGACCAAGGUGGCCAAAGAGAAAGCCACAGCCCCCGCUCGAGAUAGUGAUGCUAUGAACUGGCCAAAAGGACUCGUGGUCUCCGGUGGGAAAGAUAAGAUGGUCAAGAAGAUCGUACGUGGCAGUUUCAGGUUUGCUGGCGAAAACCACGGCAGGCCGUACUACCAAAAGGAUGAGAAGUUUAAUGACUUGGACGUCCUCCUCUACUUCUGGGACGACCGGGACGGUUCCGACUUCUCCGGCUGGUGGUUCGGACCGAAGGUCGGCGGCGACCAGGUCUGGGCGUAUCAGCCCGGCGAGGACCCGACUCCGCCGGAGACCGGCUGGAAGGUGCCUUACGAUGGGCCAGUGGACAAGAACUUCACGGUGACGGCCAAGAAGGAGAAAGCGAAGAAGGAAGGGAAGGAAGCGAAGGAAGGGAAGGGAGGAAAGGAGGGCCCUGAGAAGCCAGUGGAAGAGCCACUCCAGGCUUAUUCGAUGUGGUAUGGGAUGCCGGGGAUGCCUGGGAUGCCAUACAUGGACCCCCAUGCGGCAGAGCGGCACAUGCAGGAGUACGCACGCCUCCACCAAGAAGAGGCAAAGCGAAGGCUGGAAAUGGAGUUUCAGCGACAGAAAGCCGAGGAGCAGAAAAGGAAGGAAGCAGAGAGGAAGCGGAAGGAAGAGCUUCGCAAGAAGCAGGAGGAGCUUCGCAAGAAAAAGGAGGAAGAGAUGAAGCGCCAGAAGGAGCUUCAGGAGCAACGGAUCAAGGAGGGCAAGGCCGUCUUCAUGGUUCGGAAGGUCAUCCAGAAAGUGGCUGCGGCCACUCCAGAGAACCUUGAGGCGCUGGAGAAGGAGCUGGAGGAGUGCCUCAAAGAGCACCUGGAGGACACUGGAAGCCAGAAAGAUCAUAUGAAGUCGGAGAGCGACAAGUGCCUUGACCAGGCGAAGAAGCGCAUAGAGAUGCUGAACGAGGCGAAGCGAAAGGCACAGGAGAAGAAAGAGGCCGACGAGAAGAAGCGGCAGGAGAUGGAGCAGCGCGCCAAGGAGCUCCUCAUGGAGCUCAGCCAGCUCCUGGAUACUGCCGAGACUGGGGUGGAGCGCCUCAAGGAGGUCUGUGCUCCCCUGGAGCAAGGGGACACGCAGAGCCAAGAGGAGGUGGACCAAUGUGCUGCGGCCGUGGAGGCCGCCGGCACUGAGACCCGGGACCUCGUGAAGCAUUGUAUGGAUUUCCUGGUGAAAAACGGGCCGGAGAUGAAGGAUCCACCCUCAGCCGCAGCCGGAGUUGUGGGCACCUCGGAGAUCAAGCAGCUCAUGGCGAAAUGCCUCUCGCGUAUCAAUGAGUGCACGAAACUCAGCGAUGCGCUCGUCGCUGCCUCGCGAGCCGUGCAGUUGGCUGUUGCCCGACGUGCCACGGCAUCGCAAGAGACCUCGAAGCUCCAGGACCUCUUCAACAAAUACGAUGUGGACGGCGACCAGAUGCUCUCCAAGCAGGAGGUGCUGGCCUUCGCGAAAGCUGAGUUCCAGCUUACGCUCUCCGUGGAAGUUCUGGACAAGCUCUGGCCCCGACUCGUAGAUGAUCAGAAGGGCGUCCUCUUCGAAAGGCUCCAUGUGCUGAAGUGCAAGCUGGGCAUGCAACGGGAGCUCCUUCGGGACCAGCGGCGCAAAGAGCAACGGGAAGCCCGCGACAAGGUGAGGGCCGUCCUUCGGGCGCAGCUUGACACCAAGGUCCAAAGAGUGGAGCGGGAUGUGGAAGCCGUCGAGGAGGCGGUCGUCAAAGUCGAGAAGUCCUUACCUCCCCUCGAAGAAGAGGCCCGGAAGUCGAUGGACGUUCCGGCUCGGACUGCCGGAUGCAAGGCUGUUCUGCAGGAUGCACGGGACGUGGCCGGUGCUGUGCAGCAGCAGAUCGACGACCUGCCAAGCGGCUUUGAAGAGCGUCACCUGGAAGAUGUAAAGGACCUCCUGAUUCCUGAUCUUCGGGUUCUCUCCAAGCAGAUGGCCCGCUUUGACUUGCGACUGCGGCGCAUCGAGAACCUGUGCCGGCGCUUCGAAAGUGAGGUGCUGCAGAGGCAGCGCUCUGAACUCUACGGAGCGCGGCUCUUUGCCGUCAAGGUCGCACGGCUCUAUGCAGCGCAGAGAAGCCGGAACAUGCAGCAAUUGUACAGCGAGAUGGAUGCCAGUGGAGAUGGCGUCAUCGAUUCCCAGGAGUUUUCGCUCUUCUUCAUGUCGAUGGAGCGAAGCAUUCUGGAUGAGGCGUCGGCCAAGGAGGUGCUGCCAGAGCCGCCGGUACCUGCUCUGCCCUCGAAGCCUAAGGCUCCGAGGAAGGCGGUCGUGGAGCCGGUGCAGUUCACAGAUGAGCUUCUGUCCCGACUCUUCAAGAGCCUUCUCGCGCCCGGAAGCAACAAGCUCUCGGAAGAUGCUUUCACUCAGAUCAUGCGCUGCUACCUGAAGGUGGUCAAGGAGGGCCCCAUCACCUCGGAGCUGCAAGUGACGGGCAGCAACAGCCUGCGGCAGGCGAAGCCGGACGAGGUCGCAGAGCUCCUCGAGGGUCCCAUUGAAGAGUCCCAGAUGAAGGUCUGGCGAGUUCGAUGCCGUUUCAUGGCCGACGGAAUGGAGGGCUUCAUGACGCUCCGAGGAACCGACGGUGUGGCGCACCUCCAGGAUUGGCGGGCACUCUUCAAGAUCCUCCGCGACGUGCAGCUCACGGAGAAGUUUGAGCGACCUGUGGACAAAAAGUACCUGCAGCGAACCUUGGGCCUCGAAGAGGAAGAGGAAAGGGCCGAAAGGGAGGAUGGGCUCGGCGAGCCGACCAGAGAGCCCGAGAUCGUCAUGAAGGAAGACGUAAACUUGGUUUUGGAGGAGCCGGAGGAGACGCAAAACUUCGAUCCCGAAGACCCAGAGGGAGCCGAUCCCCAAAAUGGAGACUCCAGGGGGGCGCAAGAGGAUGAGCUCUCCAUGCCCGUGGGCUUUCAGCUUUUGAAGCACGUGGACUCCCCAGAGCCAGAGGAGCCCGAUGAGGGCUUCAGGCGCCUGCGGGAGGGGGAGCUGGUGGAAGUGCUGCAAUGGCCUUCCAACCACCUCGAGUCUGGGCUGACGCGCAUGAAGGUGCAAGCCCUGAGCGAUGGCUCCGUGGGCUGGAUAACGCAGACGAACACAGAUGGAAUCAUCUUUGCCGAGCUUGUGUUUCAACAGUCCUCAACAGAUCCGACUGGGUGCAUUGAUCAAGAGCUGCAGCUUGGUGACAUGACAUGUUUUGGGAUGAUUACGGGAAUCCAGAUGAAGCCAUCAGCGCUGGUGGCCCAGCUCGCCUUUCUCGUGUCUGCCCUCGCCGCCAACCCAAACACGAAUCCGGGGUCCUACCACAAGCCCUGGGCAACGCAUGCUGGCUGCGCCUCCAUUGUCCGCAGAUUCGACUGGCAGCAGAAUACGUCGGAACCCUUGUACCGACGAUUCCACGCGUGUUUGGCGAGGCGCAAGGAUUUGCCGGACUGGGCACAUACGAGUCGGCCGGCCCUGUUUUCAGGCGAGCAUUAUCCCGUGUCGGUCGUACCUUCAGUCAGCGGGGUGCCUCUCUACUGGAUCACCCCAGUUUAUGACUACGUCGUCUCCAACUUCAUCCGGAAGGAAGGCACCUACGAGCCGAUGGAGCUUGAGGUCUUUCGGAAUCUGGUGAAGGAGGGGGACGUCGUCUGCGACAUAGGCUCCCAUGUGGGGAGCUAUAGCAUCCCUCUAGCCUUCCACGUGGGUGAACAGGGCCGCGUCCAUGCCUUCGAGCCCUUCCGGAUCGUGUUUCAACUCCUCACCGGCAACGUGGCCCUGAAUGGUUUGUACAACGUCUACACUCGCAACGUGGCCCUGGGCGAGAGAUCCGAAAUCCUGCGCGUGCAGAGCCCUGCGCUGAAGCGCUCGAGCAACAUCGGUGCCACGAGCGUCUACUAUCAGGCGAAGCCGGUCUACGGUGAAAAUCAUGUCCUGCAGUACGAGGGUGAAGAGUUUGUGAAGGUGGAGACCCUGGACUCUUUCCAGAUUGAGCAGGUGCAUUUCAUGAAGAUUGAUGUGGAGGGGGCACUGGACAAGGUUCUGCGCGGAGGCCAAGAGACCAUUGAGCGGAAUCGGCCUGUGAUAGCAUGUGAGCAUGGUGAGCCAACUGCACCUGAGCUUCUGACGGCUUGGAGCUAUCGCUGCAUCCUGGUCUUGCCUGUGCAUGACCUGUGGGUCUGCGUACCGCAGGAAAAAUGGUGGCGAUAUCGCUGGCUUGAAACAACCGAUUUUGGGUAUGGGCCUGCAGCUGCAGCAGAAGCUGCCGCAGCAGAAGCCGCUGCUCAGGAAGUUCGGAGGAGCACAGAUCCGCCCAAGCUCUUCCGAGAAGGGGUCCUUCCAGGAUGGGCGGCUGAGAUGCGGGCCUCUGGGCACCGCCAGGAUGCUGUACUGAAGGGGUUGUAUGAGUCUUCAACCGUUUCCGACUGGCGGGAGCGUGUGGUGAAAGCCUGGGCGAACGCGCCAGCGGAGAAAGGGCCGAAGCUUUCCAAGAGCAAGGAGACGCCAUCGAAGCCAAGACGUCGCCAGAGGGGGCUGCUCUCGCUCGCGCGCGUCUUCGGGUUUCUUGCAGCCGUUUUGGCUGCCUUAGACGCGGACCCGGUGCCCUUGGCUUCACAAGCCCCGAGCUUGGAGGAUGUGGCUCCGCUGGGCUUGCAAGCCUCGCGGGUGUCCUUGCAGCUUGCCAAAAGGAAGCACGCUGCGGAGUUCAGAGGAGAGCCGCUGCCACUGCGUGACGCCACUGACCAUCUUGGCUUGCGCCUGCAGCAAGGCGACGUAGACAUCGACACCGAGGCCAUCGUCGCAGAGUUCGAGGACAAAAUGAAGAAGUCCGUCGUCCUCCUCGAGGAUAACCUGAGGACGAUCAGAGCCGGAAAGGCAACCCCUUCCCUGCUGGACAGCGUGAAGGUGAAUGCUUACGAGUCCGUUCUGAAACUCGAGGAGGUUGCGACCGUCACCGCAGCUGACACCACCACGCUGAUGGUGAACGUCUUCGACGAGACCGUCGUGGGCGCCGUCGUGAAGGCCAUCCAGACGGCCGAUCUGGGUUUCACGGCUUCGGAGAUGGGCCAGUCAGUGAAGGUGAACAUCCCCCCACUCACGAAAGAGAAGCGCGUGCAAUACGUUAAGCUGGCCAAGGACUAUGCGGAGAAGUCCAAGGUCGCGGUCCGGAACGUCCGGCAAGCAGCAAUGAAAAAGAUCAAGAGCUUCAACAAGAAGCUCCCAGAAGACACCGUACGUGCCAUGGGCCAGGACGUCGAGGACUUUGUGAAGAAAAGCGUAGGUGACAUCGAAGCUCAGCAGCAAACGCUGGCAAAGUCUUAUAUGGACCAAGGCCUCCGGCACGUUCAAGCCAAGUUCGUUCAUACGAAACCCGUCUUCAGAGCGAAGACGUCAACCGAGGAUGCGAAGUUCAAGAGCAAAGAGACGGCACUAGCCGUCGUCUUGGACUUUGCUUUGCAAGUCGGCCUCGAUGUUCCAGAAGUUACUGUGGCUGGUCAAGCUGAGGGCUCGGACUUCGAAGAGCUUCUGCUGCCCCUGGUGGGACCCGAGCUUUGGCGCCUGGAGGUUCCGAACGCGCGGCGUGCGCGCGCCUGGGUGCGCGGCUGGGUGGAGUUCAACUACUGCCGGGGGGCCAACCAGAACGGUGCGGCCAUGAAGAAAGUGGGCCUGAAGACUCCUGUGGAGGCCUCGACUGCUCUGCUCUGA